UAACAUCCAGGCAAAUCACUGUAUAAAUGGCUCGGGCUAGCUGGAUGCAUGUACCCUGCCUCUAGCUCCCCAGGCCGCUGAGCUUCGAUCCCUCAUCAGCGGCAUGAACUGCCUGCGGUCCCUGCUGAGCCGCUGCUGGCUGCCGUCCCUGCUGCUCUCGGCGCUGCUGGGCCCUCGCCUCGUCGCCGCCUCGUCCAUGCAGGCCCUGCACUGUGCGCCGUGCACGCUGGAGAAGCUGGCCCUCUGCCCGCCCGUCGAGCCCAACUGCCCAGAGACGGCUCGGCAGCCUGGCUGCGGCUGUUGCCAGACCUGCGCCCUUGGGCCGGGCCAGCCGUGCGGGGUCUACACGACCCGCUGUCGCCACGGUCUCCGCUGCCACGUCCCGUCGGGGGAGACCCGGCCCCUCUCUGCCCUCAUCCAGGGCCAAGGAAAGUGCCUGCCCGCCAGCGAGGCUGGAGGGACGCGCUCAGCGGAGCCGGCAGACUCUACUGAGCCUGCGGAUAUACCUUUAGAAAGCACUGAAAUGACACAGGAUCAGAUGCUGAACUAUCAGUUGAUGUUUCCCAUAAACCAGGACAAAUCCAUCUCUUGGAAUGUCAUCACUGUAUAUGAAAACAUGAAAGCAAAGAGAAUAUCUGAAGUCAAGAAAUGGAAAGAACAGGGACCUUGUCAGAAGGAGCUCUAUAGAGCUCUGUAUAAAUUGGCAAAGGCUCAACAGAGAAGUAGAGGGGACAUUUACAAAUUCUAUUUGCCCAACUGUAACAAGAACGGAUUUUACCACAGCAAACAGGAGGAAGUAACUUUAUUUUUUAUUCAAUACCAAGAAUGCCAGCUGCCAGGAACAUGCACAAAACAGUAUUUAUUACAAGAUUCUGAGCUGUCUCAAACUGCCAUGCAACUGCAGAGACUUGUAUAAAUUGGCACAGCGCAUGACAAGGCCAGCCAUGUAUGGAAGUACCCCUUCAAGAUUUAUGUUUGCUGACCCAAUGGGCUGUUGCUAACACCUUUUCUAAAGCUAUUUGAGAGACCCCAGAUAGCACAGGAACUACACACAGCGCAGAAGUUUGUCUUUGCUCUGUACCAACACCUCACUCUAGGUAAGUGAACUUCUAGGAACAAAAACCAGAAAUGUGUAUCUAUAUUUUCAUCGUCCCUUCCCCUCCGCCACCCUUCCAAUUCAAUUCACUGUCUGCCUCAGUGGCAGAGCCAUGACCGAGCAGUAAGGCACUUGAGUAUGUGCUUCCUGUGGAUCCAAUCUACUAUAUGCACACACCAGAGAAAAUAUGCAAGCCACCACCUUUUUGUGAUGGAACUAAUACCUUACAGUCUAAAGACAGGUAAAAGGAACAACUAUCAACUGAACAAUGUAAAUACCAGUCUGUGGUCUUCUGUAAUACCUAGAGAAGAACAAGGACUACAAUACACUUGCGUGUCUUAGUUAAGUGAUAUGCUGUUCUGAAGUAGCUAAGCAUAUGCUUUUAUGGUAUGGCAGCAAAACACAGUUCUAUACUUGCUCCACAGAGGAGCUCAUGUAGCAGUCUGUGGAAUUUCCUAAACAAAUGCAGACUGAGAUUUGAGCACUGCUAUCUGCUAAUUUACAUGCAACAAGACAUGAAUUGACUUUGAGUUCUCAAAACUUCAGAAACAAUCCUCCCUGCAUGGGAGUUAUCACAACCAGCUCUGGAAAAGCUUGGGAGUGUAGAUAAGCUCAGUAGCACACAGCCAAGGUAAUACAACACAGUUCAUUGCUAGACUGAUGGCAGAAGGAAAACUGGUCCCUAUUUCAAACAGUCCACCUGAAGUUGCAAGCUAAUUGCAGAGCUUCAGGAAAUAUCUGAAAGUGUAACAUUGUUUCUAAGAAAGUUGGAAGACAAACAAUGAGGAGAUGCCAUUCCUAAAAUGAGGUGGCCUGCUCUGAGGUUGGCCUAUCAUGAACUGCAUCAGACACUAACACACUUAGCCACUCUCGGUUAAUGCAGCUAAAGAGGCUGACUCAUGUAAACCCAAAUGCGAGAGACAAGAUAGUUCACAAAAUCUGUAGCUUCAACAGAGGUUUGUCUUGAGGAAAAUCUUGCGUCUUUUGAGCUCAAGAAAUUCUGUAAUUGUAUCAAGACAUACAUUCGGAGACAGGUCACGAACUAAACAAUGGAAUUAGAAGAGAUGUGCACUCUAAGCAAACAAUCCGUUGUGUCUUGCACUUCUGCAAGCUCCUGAAUGAGCAUCAAGGGCAGCUCUGGAUGGAGAACGCUGCUGCAGUACAACUAAAGCAUGAAUACCUGCAGCUUAGGUCUGCAUUUGUGAAGAAGGGUCACAACCUCGGAGUCAAAUGCAAAUGGAAAACCAAGGAAGGCCAUCUUUGCUGCAGAGCAACUACUAGAUGUAUCACUUUCAUGAUAACAUGACCUGGAUUUUGGAAGUGAUCUGUGUAGCACAUAAAGGACAGACACAUGUCUUUCUCAAAUUUCAUUUUGUAAUAUAACCCAGUGCAGUUCUUCUAGGAACUUUCAAGCAGCUAUUUACAAUUCAAAGCAUUGAUCUAUUGCAGUCAUAUGGUGACUACAACAUUUAGCUCUGUAGGUUAUUACAGAGACACUGCUUUUUUUAAACUGAAGGGCAUUAAUAUCUAGGACAAUGGUCAACCCAUGUGAGAUUAGGCACAAAGUUUCUCAAAUUAAUCCGUUAUGAACAACAGAAAAUAAAAACACUGUCUCCACUUAACAAGGUUCAACAAUAUCACAUCAGAACCUAAAACCUGAAUUAAACCAGUUCCUCUGUAAAAUGAUACAUAACACACCUUGCUGGCAAAAGCCUUCAGUAGAAGGAUAAGAACAAUGUGGAAAAAGUGAAAUGUAUUCACUGUAAUGAUCAAGACACAGU